UGACUCGUAACCCUCUGACUCCUCCCCCUCUGGCUCCUCCUCCGGGUUCUGAGUGCGUCUCCUGGUGCUUUGGGUGUUUGUGAGGCAAGACAUCUCUGUUGUUUCUGAGUAAAAGCUUUGACAUUUCAGCAUCAGAAGCUCCAAUGAGUAAAAAAAUGAUGAUGAAUCUGAUGAUAGUUCAUUGAUUCCUGCUGCUCACUCUGUGUGUGUGUGUGUAUGUGUGUGUGUGUUUCUCUCCAGGGGUCCCAGCGUAAAGCGGUCUUCAGGAAUGGAGCGAUCCCAUAGCAGCAACUGGGACUCAGCAGAGAAGAACCGGAACAAGCUGGUGAAGGCAGCGUCUACCUCCAAGCUACUGGCCAAAGUGGUGAAGAAUGCAGACAAGCACAAAGACCCAGUGGUCAGCCAAGCCAAAAUGUCGACCCGAGAGAAAAACAGCCUUGCUGAGGGAAACUCUAUCAAGAUGUUCAUGCGAGGUCGACCAAUCACCAUGUUCAUCCCUUCAGACGUGGAAAACUAUGAGGACGUCCGGGCUGAGCUUCCUCCAGAACGACUCAAGCUGGAAUGGGUGUACGGGUACCGUGGUCGGGACUGCCGGGCCAACGUCUACCUGCUUCCCACUGGAGAGAUCGUCUACUUCAUAGCGUCCGUGGCGGUUCUGUUCAGCUACGAGGAACGGACCCAGAGGCAUUACCUUGGACACACCGACUGCAUCAAAUGUCUGGCCAUCCAUCCGGACAAGAUUCGGAUCGCCACCGGACAGAUCGCCGGAGUGGACAAAGACGGACGUGCGCUGCAGCCUCAUGUCCGGGUCUGGGACAGCGUCAGCCUGUCCACUCUGCAGGUCAUCGGUUUGGGAACCUUUGAACGCGGCGUCGGGUCUCUGGCGUUCUCCAAAGCGGACUCGGGUCAGCACCUGAGCGUCAUCGAUGACUGCAACGACCACAUGUUGACGGUUUGGGACUGGCAGAAGAAGUCCAAGAUCGCAGAGAUCAAGACGACCACCGACGUGGUUCUGGCCGUGGAGUUCCACCCGACCGACCCGAACACGAUUGUUACCUGUGGGAAGUUCCACAUCUUCUUCUGGGCCUGGAACGGGAACUCGCUGCUGCGCAAGCAGGGACUCUUCGGGAGUCACGACCGGCCCAAGUUCAUCCAGUGCCUGACUUUCCGGAGCAACGGCGACAUCGUGACCGGAGACUCGGCCGGACAGCUGCUGGUCUGGACCCGGAACUCUGCCGAGGCGCCCGCAGGCAAGGCGCCGCAAGCCUUCCAGAUGAGGACCGACCUGCGGCCAAUCGAAGCUCAUGAGAAGGGAGUUUUCUGCAUGUGUGACAUGCGGAGCGGCUCGCUGCUGACCGGAGGAGGAAAAGACCGCAGGAUCGUCCUGUGGGACCAGCAGCUGCAGCUGGACCACGACAUUGAGGUCCCGGAUCAGUACGGGAACAUCCGGGCGCUGGCGGAGGGAAAGGGAGACGAGUUCCUUGUCGGGACGUCCAGAAACUUCGUCCUCAGAGGAACCUUCAACGAUGGCUUCCAGGUGGAGGUCCAGGGACACACGGACGAGCUGUGGGGUCUGGCCACCCACCCCAGCAGGGAGCAGUUCCUGACCUGCGCCCAGGACCAGAUGGUCUGUCUCUGGAACUCUGUGGAUCACAGUCUGCAGUGGAGCCGUACUCUGGAGGAACACGGACACUGUGCAGAGUUCCAUCCCAGUGGAGCCGUAGUCGUUAUAGGAACGCACUCCGGAAGGUGGUUUGUUCUGGACGCCGAGAGCAAAGAUCUGGUCGGGAUCCACUCGGAUGGCAAUGAGCAGCUGUCGGUUCUGCGUUUCUCAGUCGAUGGCAGCAUGCUGGCCGUGGGGUCUCAUGAUAACUUCAUCUACCUGUACAGCGUGUCGGAGCAGGGCCGCAGGUACAGCCGCUACGGGAAAUGCUCGGGUCAUUCCAGCUACAUCACACACCUGGACUGGUCACCUGACAACAAGUUCAUCAUGUCCAACUCUGGGGACUAUGAGAUCCUCUACUGGGACAUCCAGAACGGCUGCCAGUUGAUCCGGAACCGCUCUGAGUGCAAAGACAUCGACUGGGCCACCUACACCUGUGUGCUGGGAUACCACGUGUUCGGCGUCUGGCCCGAAGGUUCUGAUGGUACCGACAUCAACGCUCUGGUGAGGUCCCACAACAGGAAGGUGAUUGCGCUGGCGGAUGACUUCUGCAAGGUUCACCUGUUCGCCUACCCCUGCUCCAGAUUCAAGGCGCCCAGCCACAAGUACAGCGCCCACAGCAGUCACGUGACCAACGUCAGCUUCCUGCACAGCGACAGCCACCUGAUCUCCACGGGCGGGAAGGACACCAGCGUCAUGCAGUGGCGGCUCGUCAGGAAGCUGGUCGACGCCCCCAAGCCCGCCGCGCGCCGACCCAACACGGCCGGCGACCCGGCUGGAGACACGGCCGCUGCAAACACGGCCGGCGAUGCAGCCGCCACGCAACCUCUAGCUGGACCCGACCCGGCUGCCGCCGAGAACCCGGACCCAUCGAGCCGGGUCGCUGCAGAAGGAACCCCGCCCCCCAUGGGGUCGACCCCGCCCCCCUCGGACAGCACGCUGAGCCUGAAGGACAGCCUGGAGACGAGCGACGACACGGCGACGCCGAGCGACGAGGGCCUGCCUCCCCUCACUCCGCCCUCCUAGAGGGGGCGGAGCCUCUUCCGGGUCAGGUGUCUCUGUUGCUACUCCUGACACCAUCUGGGUCACCGACCGCCGAGCACCUGUUCGUGCCCCACCAGUUCAGGACCGCUGUCAGGAAUUCGACAGGAAACCCACAGAAACUCUCCAGACAUCUCCAGGCGUCGGCCAUCUUCCAGAAACGCUCCAGAAUCUGAUCCAGAACCUUCUGGGUCUCCUCUGUUUCGCCACAGGAAGUCACCUGAUCUGCUCACUCUGGACAGGUGAACACUAGGGCUGCACCGAUUGCACAUUUCUGUCCGAUCUUUAAAAAGCCGAUUGAUUUUGUCUGAAAUGUCAAUAAAUAUAGAAAGUCGCUGAGUUGGUAACAGGGGACGACUAUUGCAAACACCUGGGUGGGCGGGGCUAACCAUCUCACUGCAGAGGAAAUGAGGACAAUGGUUGAUUUUUAGACCUUUACAGAGAAAAAUAAGAUCGGCUUCACAAAUAUCGGCCAAUCACUGAUCUUUGAAAUUUGAGAAAACGGCGCCAAUAAAUUGAUGCACCCUUCUUUUCUUUUUUUUACAUUAGAUUUAUUGAAUUGUAUAACAUAAAACAAGUGGCAGCGAUACAUUUGACAUAGGAUUCACAUUAAACAACUCAGUCCCCAAAGUAAACAAACAUAAAUAAUAAAAAAACAACUCAACAGUACAUAUGUCAGAAAACAAAAACAGAAAUAGAGGAAAGAAAACCAAAAACAUAGCAGUAAUCUGCACUGUUCUCUUAAUUUCCUUGGUAGUGUUUCAGAAACUCGACUAUGUUUCUUCAAAUUUCACUCCCUUUCCUCUGACAAUAAAAGCGAGUCGCUCCAGAGCCACAUGAUGUCGUCUCCUUCACCCACAUGUGGUUUGACGGUAUGUCCAUUUUUUGUCCAUCAGAUAUUAAUUUCCUGGCCUGCAGGAGUCCAAAGUCAAUCCAUGUUAACUGGAGCCAAAAACACAGUUCUCUGGAUAAAUACCUAAAACACAGCAGGUACAUCCACUCCAACAAUCUUUGACAAAGUUUGCGUAACUGAGUUCCAGUAUUGAUGUAAUUUUGGACACUCCCAUACACAGUGAAAAAGAAUAACACUGCAGCUGUCUGGGAUGUUCGGGUUUGACUGGAGUUAUGUAAUUUCUCAUCAACCACUGGUAUUGGAGGAGUUUCAUCCUUUUAUUAAUUGACUGCUUUUAAGCACGGUGCACCCUUGGUUAACACCUGACACACCUGUGAUGUCCAACAUUUCGACCUUUUUCUGUCCCAAACAGGGGCACCUGUUAUCCUCCCGUCUGCCACAGGGGGCAGCAGGGGGAUGAAGGGGAGGAAUUUGUCAAACAAGACAAUAAGUUUUCCCAAAUAAACAGUCCGAUUUUCCUCCGGUGAGACGAGUCGACCUCGAGGUUAAGCAGGAAGUCUUUGGUUUAACAGGAGGUUUGUGGAUCAGAGGGAACCUGGAAGAUUUCAGUUUUGUUUCUAACUUUGCUUAAAAACGACCAUCUGCAGCUUUUUAGUUAAAACAGUGAAAAUCAAUUUAAUUUAAAUCUGUGAAUUAAAACAUCACUGAAGGAUGCAAACAGCUACAGGCUUUUAUUCUGAAAAGCCACAGACGACAUUCAGUUUCAGUCUAAAUGAAUACAACAGAGAAAAGGGACAUUCUAUUAAAAAUUAUGUCUGUUUAAAUCGGUUGUGACCCGUCAGGUUCUAGAUCCACUGGUUUGGGUUUCAGAAGCUUCACACUGUUGCCAACAGGAUGAAACAGGAAGUGCUUGUUUGGCGAGGUGACCUUCAGGUUAAAACUGUGACAGAGAACCAAUCAGAGCGAAGCCUCCCACUUUGCUGGAAAUCCCAGUUCAUCUUGAGCCGAAUUGAUCAGAGUGAGCCCUCCCUGUUCAUAAAGGAUCUGUGUUGUUUGUAUAUGCUGCAGAUGUCUGUGUGUAUAUUUCUGCUCAACACAAGAGGGCAGCACCUCAGUCACAUUCAGCUCGCAUCUCUAAUCCAAUCAGGCGACAGCAAAGGGGAGGGCCUGUGCUCUGAUUGGUUGCUCUCAGUGACUCACUGCUGGGCUUUUGUCUGUUCUGGACCAUUUCACUUCAGGCCUUUGUUGAAUGUGUCGAUGAUGUCAUUCAGGGGCGGGGCUUUCGGAGGGGGUGGGGGGGCCGAUGUUGCCUUUUUAUUACUGACUCAUCUUUUCUAUGUUUGCCUCUCAAGGGCUUCUGUGGAGUUCAGGGACUCACCUGGAUGUUCAGGUUGGGGGCGGGGUCACGUGAAGGGGGUGGGCUUUGCGUUCAUUGAUCCUCAUUGAUGAUUUUUAUGUGACUGUUUUGAGCCAAUCGUCUUCUCUCAUGCAUUCCUGUCAGAGGGGAGACUGUACUGAAGAUUUCAACACAAUGCAAAUAAACGUUGCUAUGGUGACAGCCA